UUUCCCUCCCACCCACCCCUUGCAUGCAUCCCGGUUCGGUACAGUGCCAUGUCAGCAGCGCCACGUCACAGUGCCAGAUCAACAGUGCCACGUCAGCAGUGCCACGUCACAGUGCCACGUCAGCAGUGCCAGAUCAGCAGUGCGACGUCAGCAGUGUCAGGUCACAGUGCCACGUCAGCAGUGACGUCAGACACAGUGCCACGUGAGCAGUGCCACAUCAGCAGUGCCACGUCAGACACAGUGCCACGUAAGCAGUGCCACAUCAGCAGUGCCACGUCAGACACAGUGCCACCCCAGGCUCUGCUGCAGCGGCAUGAAGCCAACAGCAUCGAGAAACUCAAGUACUGGCACUUUGAACCGAACAGCGACGAGCCAACACCGGAAAAGCAUCAUACGGAGUUCAUGGCCAAGCUCGUGAGCAGGUUGGUUUACACAUGUAACCACCUACAGUCCGAGCUGGCAAACCUUCAGCGGGCCGUGCGGAACCAUAAGAUUCAGCACGAGGAUGCCACACGGGCACUGGACGCCCGUGUACUGGGCCUGGAACAGGCUGUGCCAGGACCAGAUGCUGGAGCUUCCAGCAGUGCAUCCUCUAGCCGCCAACUGGAGGAACACGUUGACCACGUCGUGGCAAUGCUAGGAGACAUAAGUGUCUUCACAGAGCCGGCCACCAUCAGCCAGCGGUUCGAGUUGCUGGACACUAAGAUCGGUCAGCAACAGCAGACUGACCAGAGCCAGAACAACAGCUCGGCGAGGCCAUACAAGAUGCCGACGUUCCGGAUCGAGAAAUUUGAUGACUACACAUAUCAAGACCCGGUCGUUUCAGACCUGUACAAGAAGGUCUCUUGGGAAGACAUGACAAAGGAAUGGAAGAAGUGGUUCAUCGUCGACGACGCCCCGACACUCGCUGUCAACCGCAUCUUCACGAUGGCUCAAGGGAGCACACCGACACGUGACUGGCUCACGGAUUGGCAGAAAAUCGUGGCGACGCCCGAUUUGGACUUGUCAUUUCCGCAUCUGCGGCGUGAGUUCUACAACAGGUCAUGCGCCGCUCUCAGCCUCGCACUUGGUGAUCGCGAGCAGUACAACACUUUCGCAGAGAUCAUCAACAAGGCGAGAGAGCUUAUCAAGACUAACAGGCCGGCUGCACACGAGAAGUCCACGUGGCAGCCAACCUAUGUGGAGAAGGUACGAACUGGUCCGCGACAGCAGCAGUUCGCUGCAGUUCAGUCGGACAGUGGAGAUAACCCAGCAGCCACUCCAGCAUCAAGUGAUGGAGAUCAGGUGGCUGUUGUCCAGCCGCGAAGCAACAACAAGUCCCGCAGCAAUGGGAAGGCAAAAUCCGCAUCGCAGGCAGGAAAUAGACAACCAGGACAAUUUCCAUGGGUCAAGUUUGGCUUGACCGAGGCGGAGUACAAGAUCAGAGAGGCGACCUGCAGUGCCUUGAUCGAUUGCGGAGCAUCUCGCAACUACAUCAGCCAGGACUUCAUGGUACGCGCCGGCCUUGGCCCACGUGUCCGGAGGAAGUCCCAGCCUACGCAAGUCACUCUGGCAGACGGUCAUACGCACAAGUCCAUCGACCAGUGCAUUGACGCCGUCCCAGUGUACUUUGCCCCUCACGUAAGUGAGGCGAUGUCCUUUGACAUUCUGGACACCAAAUUUGACAUGAUCUUGGGCAUGUCAUGGCUGCGAAGCRAGGAUCACCCGGUGAACUUCUUCAACCGCACCGUUCACGUUCGUGAUCGGAACGGAGUAUUAGUUCCAUGCACGGUGCCUCUUCCUCAUCCUUUGAUCAGCUGCCACGUGGUAUCCGCCGCAAGCAUGCGAGCUUCCAUCAUCAGAGACGAUAUCGAGGAGAUGGGGGUGUGUUUUCUCCAUGCCCUCCCGCCACAUGACGCUUCAUCGACAGACUCACCUUCGGAUCCACGCAUCACCAAACUUCUCGACGCCUACAGCGACGUGUUCGAAGGCCCGCACGGAGUAGUACCGGAUAGACCCAUCCGCCACGAGAUCAUCCUCGAGGACGGGGCUGUACCUCCGCGCGGUUGCGUCUACCGAAUGAGCGAGGAAGGGUUAAGUGUGCUUCGGGUACAACUCGACGACCUUCUGGAGAAAGGCUGGAUUCGGCCUAGCUCAUCGCCAUACGGUGCUCCUGUUCUCUUCGUCCGGAAGAAGAACAAGGACAUGUGGUUGUGCAUCGAUUAUCGCAAGCUCAACGCGCAGACGAUCAAGAACGCCGGCCCUCUCCCACGCAUCGACGACCUUCUCGAGCGAUUGGGCGGGGCCCAGUUUUUCUCUAAGCUGGAUCUCAAGUCAGGGUACCACCAACUCGAGAUUCGCAAGGAGGAUCRCUACAAGACCGCGUUCAAGACACGGUAUGGGCAUUUCGAAUGGCUGGUCAUGCCAUUUGGCCUUACGAAUGCCCCAGCCACUUUCCAAGCGGCUAUGACGACGGAGUUUCGACACAUGCUGGAUCGUUUCGUACUUAUMUACCUCGACGACAUUCUGGUUUACAGCCGGAGUCUGGAUGAGCAUGUGGAACACCUACGCACCGUUUUGGAGCGGCUACGACAGGCCAAGUACAAAGCAAACCGCGACAAGUGCGAGUUCGCACAGCAGGAGCUAGAGUACUUGGGACACUAUGUGACGCCGCAAGGCAUCCGUCCGCUUGCGGACAAGAUCGAGGCCCUACGAUCGCCAAAGGUGCCAUUCAUAUUCGAUGACGAUGCACGCCGGUCAUUCCAAGCACUUAAGACGGCUAUGCUCAUGACACCCAUCCUUAGCAUCUAUGACCCCACCCUGCCGACGCGAGUGACUACGGACGCUUCCGGCUAUGGCAUUGGGGCAGUCUUGGAACAACACGGCGGCGACGACUGGCACCCUGUGGAGUAUUUCAGCCACAAAGUGCCUCCCAUCAACUCGCUUGAUGAUGCAAGGAAGAAGGAGCUGCUCGCAUUCGUGAUGGCUCUCAAGCGCUGGCGGCACUUCCUCCUUGGGCGUCGUAGGUUCACAUGGGUCACUGACAACAAUCCAUUGACCUACUACAAGACGCAGGACACGGUGAGCAGCACGAUCGGACGAUGGAUGUCCUUCAUCGACCAAUUUGACUUCACACCGAAACAUGACCCCGGCCUCUCCAAUCGCACAGCAGAUGCACUCUCGCGAAGACCUGAUCUUUGCGCUAUGUCACAUCAUGCCCUCGCAUUCGACGAGGAGCUUCAGCGACACUUCAUCCGGGCAUAUCACAAGCCCCGCAACCGCAAUCCCUACGACGAGUUACACCCGAUGCCUAUCCCAUGGGAACCCGGUCUCUCCAUUGCCAUGGACGUCACCGGUCCGUUUCCUCGCGACCAGCUCGGGCACGACGGCAUCCUCACGGUGGUGCCCCGAUUGAGUAAGUACGCGCGUUUUCUCCCUUGCAAGUACUACUCCACGGCUCCCGAGCUGGCACGCCUCCUGCACACUGGUUGGAUUUGUGGCCACGGUGUACCAGAAGACAUUGUCAGCGACCGCGACACUCGUUUCAUGUCGGCGUUUUGGAGUGCUCUCAUGCAGGAGUCCGACACAACAAUGAAACCAAGUUUGGCUCGACAUCCUCAGACAGACGGGGAGACGGAGCGGGCACAUCAAACCGCUCAAAUGAUGCUUCGUACGCUCAUCCGUMCGGACCAGAAAGAUUGGGUUGACCACCUCCCCGACAUCGAGUUCGCCUACAACACUUCGGUGCAUCCGGCGAUCGGCGUGACUCCAUUCGAGUUGCACYACGGUGGACGGAAAGGCCGGGUUUUCGCCGACCUUCUCCUCCCUCGACCAGCCGACAUUAACGCUGCCUGCUCUCCCGCGUCCGUCCGGAGGUACAGGGAAUUGUUGACUCAAGCCCGCGCAAAUAUGCAAAAGGCUCAAGUCCGCAUGCAGCAGCAAGCCAACAGGCGUCGCGUACCAUGUCCCAUCCACGUCGGUGAUCUGGUUUGGGUCUCCGCGGAAGAGUUUGCACUGGAACAGGAUGUUUCACGCAAACUGCUUCCCAAGUGGUUUGGACCUUGGUCUGUGACAGCAACCGAGGGCGAUGAGCCCGAUGGCCCUUCAUUUGUGAUCAACAUUCCAGAGCAUCUGACUGUCCAUCCGGUCUUCCACGCCUCGAAGCUGGCAACAUACACGCCUGCCAAGAGCGACGACUUUCCUGACCGACGAUCGCAGGACCCUCCUUCUAUGGAUGGCCAUCAGGUAGUUGACCGCGUCAUCUCCGAUCGCAAGUACGGCAGCAAGCCGCGGCAGUACAAAGUCACAUUCAAAGCAUGCGAUCGCGACGACACUCGGUGGAUAUAAGGCACAGAUUUGAAAGCAUCCGCACCGCUGAUCUACGCGCAUUAUGAAAAGCGGAGGUUAGCUCAAGAAGCUUCACGAC